UGAAUCUCUCUUUUACCGUGGGCACAAUGGCGGGUGAAACAGAGAAGGUCACCUCGGUUCCUGAAAGUCUCUUGAAAAAGAGAAAGCACUAUGCUGCAGUCAAGGCCCACCGUGUCAAGGCCCUGCGCGCAGAUAAAAGAACUCGCAGAGUCACCAGCAACUUGAUCUUUAAGAGAGCCGAGGCGUACCACAAGGAGUACAGGCAGCUGUACAGGGGCGAGAUCCGCAUGCACCGCAUGGCCCGCAAAGCCGGAAACUUCUACGUCCCUGCCGAGCCCAAACUGGCCUUCGUCGUCAGGAUCAGAGGUAUAAAUGGCGUGAGCCCCAAAGUGCGCAAGGUGCUGCAGCUCCUGCGUCUGCGCCAGAUCUUCAACGGCGUCUUCGUCAAGCUCAACAAGGCCUCCAUCAACAUGCUGCGUAUCGCCGAGCCCUACAUCGCCUGGGGUUACCCCAACCUGAAAUCUGUGCGUGAGCUCAUCUACAAGCGAGGAUUCGGCAAGAUCCGUAAGCAGCGCAUCCCUAUGACGGACAACGCUCUCAUCGAGAAGACCCUCGGUUCUUGCGGAAUCAUCUGCAUGGAGGAUCUGAUCCACGAGAUCUACACCGUGGGCAAGAACUUCAAAUCCGCCAACAACUUCCUGUGGCCCUUCAAGCUGUCGUCUCCCCGCGGUGGCAUGAACAAGAAGACCACCCACUUCGUGGAGGGAGGAGACGCUGGAAACCGCGAGGACCAGAUCAACAGACUCAUCAGGAGGAUGAACUAGGAGUGGAGCCGGACAUUUUUGGUGUGAUUAACAAUAAAAAUGUUUAAUACACA